CGUCCCCAGAGCUACCAGUCGAACCAUCAACAGCCGUACUACUUGAUACGCAAAAACUGUGCUCACAAGAAAAGCCUAGGUGUAUUACAUUCUCCUUAUCGCAACUAAAACUUUUGAUUAAACACUCACACAUGUCUAAAAAAGACGAUGGCACUUUCAGCAGCUGGCAGGAGCGCAAUGAUGGAGGGGCGCAAGAUCAUGUCGGGGGUUCCAAAACUGACGCAUUGUCUCCCUUCGACGAUGAAAUUGAUACAUUUUUUGGCAAUAUCAAUGAUCUCACAGACCGGUUUUCAAGAAUGACAAAAAAAAUUGUAGGCCACACAUAUGACCAGCACCAGAUUCUUCCUUGGUUGUUUGAGUCACGUGAUGAGGACGAAGACCAGGCACAUGGGGUAGACUACUACUUCAAUCGCCCAUACCAAAGCCGCAGUACAGACAUAGAGCCUCCUGUAUUCUCUAGGUCGCCUCUUAAUCUUUUCAAUUUGUUUAGUGAACCCAGUGGCGUGACCCCGUACGGUAUGUUUGCGUAUCAGGGACCCACACCUAAAGAGUUCAAUACAUGUAUGAAGAAAGAAGGGGUGUCAUUAUGGGAUGCCGACGGAUAUUGGAGGUGCUUGUUUCCCAAUAGCAAAAUACCAGCUAAUUUCUUGGAAUACAGAAAGAAACAAUUGGCGGAUGAAAUCGUAACUAAAGAAGACUUUGAGGAGCAGGCUCUUUUAGCUCCCCCCAACAAAGACGGGGCGAUCAACUUGGGACCUAAAGGUGUCUUUUUCAGGCAGUUCAAUGAUCUCUUGAACUGGAAAAACACCAAAUAUGAAAACGAGAAGAAAAUAUUGGACCAACAGCAGCAAGAAAUGAGACAGAAUUAUCAGUAUAACUAUAGCAGUUUUACCAAAGGAUCGGACAUCAAUAACGAGGGUGAAAAGACUUUAGUGGGGACCUCCUCAAAAAGCACCACAAAUACAGAAUCUUCUGGUGAAAUAGUCUCGAAAGAGACAAAGACGGAGUAUUUCAGUGAUGGUACGUCGGUCACGAACAGCAUUGUGAGACGAAAACCUCAGGGUGCUAGCACAUGGGCUUCCGUGGAAGAAAAGAGCGAACAUGGGAAUGCAAAGCCGGGUUGGUUCUGGAACUCCAAAUAA